AUGUGUGGCUUCUGGUCCGUGGAUGGAAAUUUGAGUAUUACCAACGAGCUGAAUUCUGCCCUGUUCAAUCGUCCUGGGUUGAAACAAGAACAAAUGUAUGUACGUGAUGAGUUUGGCAGACUUCUGGAACGAGAAAGGAUUUCUUCAAAUGAACAUUUGACUCGAGCCAUUCUUCGAGAGAGAGCUGCGACGGAAGAGGAGCGUCAGAAGGCACAGCGUUUUGCCAAGCAGCUGGAAGAGAAAGACAGGGAACUGAAGAAGCAUGAUGCCUACUACAAAGAGCAGCUGGCUCGACUGGAGGAAAGGAGUGCCCAGUUCUACAAAGUUACCACAGAGCAAUACCAAAAAGCUGCGGAUGAAGUGUCAGCUCGGUUCAAGCGAUAUGAGUCUCAUCCAAUCUGCGCUGAUCUGCAGGAUAAAAUCCUACAAUGUUACCGGCAACACGCUCAGGAGACCCUCAGCUGCUCUGCCCUGGCUAGCCAGUACCUGCAUUGUGUCAAUCAUGCCAAACAGCAGAGCAUGCUUGGGAGAGGAGGAUAAAGGCAUUGUCCAAAUCAAGCACAAGACCAUCAACUCUAAUUUCAGCAGAAGAGCAUUUUUUCCCAAGAAUGAUAUGACAGCCCAUUUACGGGGCAGACCAAUAAAGAGAAGAACUGGAAGAGCCAUUUCGAGAGCAGCAGCCAUCACGGCUCAAUCAGCGUGACCAUUUGAAAAGCCAAGACCUGUAUCUUAUUGCAUCAGAAAUCAUACAUCCGAAGAUACUGUUCGGGCUUAGUAAAAUCCACUUAUUGGUGAUUGAAGGAAGGAAAAGAAAAGAACCUUUCACUGACCUCGGAGAGGGGAAAUAUCCUUCAAAUGCUGCUAUUUCAUUGUAGAAUCUCCUCAAAAACUUCUCCCUGUCAAAGGCGCGGGUAUGUAACACUCGGUGUGCCGGGGACGCGGCGGUACUUUGUGAGCCAGUCAGACGUCGCUCCUCGCCCUGCAGCCCGUAUUCAAGUUUUCCUUACGAUGUAUAAUGAUGUAAAUUGUGCUUUAACUUACAUCACAAAUUAUGUAACUUAAUGAAGUCUCUCUCCAGGCCUUCUGCUGGAAUGAUG